ACAUGCGUGAUGCCGCCUUUGCCCCGCUCGGGGCUGAGUGGCGGCGGCGAUGGCCAAUGAGCGGGGCCGGCGGGGGUUGAACGGCCGGAGUUGGGAACCGAGCUUCCAGUUUGCUGUUUGCCUCGUACCAGCACGCGGUGAUGGAGCACGGUGACACUGCGUGGAAAUACGGCGUGUUUGGUCAUCCGUCUUCAGGCUCUACAACUCAACUUUCUCUUCCAGAAGACACAGCGUGAAAACAUUUUGAACUGCGUAUCCUGAAAAGCAACCAGGCAGCACAUUGGAGAGAUCCAGGGCUGCAGUGAGGCGGAACAAGCAGGACCCUCGUGUGGCUUCUGUGGGCGCCAGGGCCCCCAAAUGGACACAAAUACACUGAAUUCUCUCUGGUUCCUGCUGCCUUUGGUGCCGUUCCCCGGCAGUUUUGGGGUGAGGGAGGGAGAAGAGUCUGGGCUGUGAGCACAUGAACGCGGAGGGGACGGACAUGGACACGUCCCAUCACCAAGAUGAAGGUUGUGAUAUCAGGGAGACAGAAGCGAUGGGGUGAAGCGGGAUGAAAUUCAGCAGAGCGAUGUUUGGAGCUAUGCUCUUGGAAACUAAAAGCAACAGUUUCUUCUACAAUCUGGAAAAAAUUUCAGCUGUGCUGGUGAAUCAUAGGAAGGUUAUGAGUGGGAGCUGGGUGCUGUGAUGCUGGAGAUAAAUGGAAUCCUAGAAUGCAACAAGAAUGUGCAUUUCCCGUAAAGAUGGGGAAUAAUGUCUGGUUUGUAAUACAAGGAACUGGGAAACUCACCCAGAGCUCAGGGUGGGACCUGAGCCGGGCAGAGAAGGUGAUUAGACUGAUGAGGAAAAUCUUAUGAGAGCUUGUUUUACAGAAGAAAACCGAGAGACAAUGUUUGUUUGGAUGAGCAAAGUGAAGCUUGGAAGCAGGCAGUAAAUAUUUAGGAGGGUGAUUAAGGAUGAAGAAAAAGGGAUGGAGUUGGUGGCGUAACGAAUGGAUAGAAAGCACCGCGCAUGGGGUAAAACUGCCUUGAAACUUGGAGAGAAAGACCCGAUCAGCCUCUGGCAGAAUUUGCAGGUGCCAGGAAGGUUCUUUGUGAGUUCUGUUGAUGGCAAUUGGUGCCUCCAGCCCACGCCGGGGCUUGGGGCUCUGCCUGAAGCAGGAGAGACUCGGGAAUUCGGUCUGUGCAGAAGGAGGGGUGUCUGUGGGGCUUGGCCUGGGAAGCGGGAGUGUUGUGAUGAAGAGCAGCUGCAGAAACACCCCUGCAGAGCUUUGGGGGUCGACAGAAGCGCUGACAAAGCGACACGGGGCUGGUGCUGGGGUCAGACUUUGCAGAGCAAGGAGCAGGCGCCGGGCUGGCACUCGCUGCUCACAUCCCCCACCUCAGAGGUGCUGGACUUUGCACAUCCUUCCUAAAGAAACCAGUCUGCACCAGUAACACAACCACCCACCGCCCCUUCCCCAAAGGGCUGUGUGUUCUGCCGACCGCAGAGAUCCCGGAGAGCAGCGGGACGAAGAGGAGAACAGCCCGGGAUGGGCGUUUUAUUGCCCAUUUCAGCCAAGAGCUGUCACUGUCACAGCAGAAACUCUCCUCCUGCAGCGGAGGAGUCAUGCCGUCUCUUUGUAGCCACACUGACCCCUUCACUAGCCCUGCAGCACCGAGGGGCACACGCUGGGGUUCAGCCUCCCCCACCCCCAGCUCCCCAGCCUGCCAGCUUGUGCAUUUUUGCCUGUUUUCUCACUAGGUUGGCCCAUUGCCUUUAAAAGGCUAAAUGCUCUGGACUAAAUUUGGUCAUGCAGCUCUGCAUGGUUCCCUGGAACGUCCUCGGGUUUCAGGCUCCUCCGAUAGCGCCGUUCCCCGCCUCCCGCUGGGCUCCAUUGGCUUCCCAGCACCCGAAUCGCGGCUGCAUCCUGUUAUUGGCCAAAUCUCAGACCGAGGGGUGUCCCCUCUUUAUAACAACUACACCCCGGGCUGCGGCCAGCGAGAGCUGCUGAGAUUUAACACUUGAGCACCUGUCGCUGCUGCGGGAAGCAGUGUUGGAGCUUCGGCUUCUUGGUUUUUUCUCCUUCCUUGGGUACCACACAAAACCGCAACCGUGUCUCGCCAACGAGCCAAGAUGUCCAAAGUGGCCAAAUAUCGGCGACAAGUUAGUGAAGAUCCGGACAUAGACAGUUUGUUGUCCACUCUGUCUCCGGAGGAGAUGGAGGAGCUGCAAAAGGAGCUGGACGUGUCGGAUCCGGAUGGGAACGUCCCGCAGGAGCUCGAUCAGAAAAACCAAACGGAAAAUUCGCCGCCCAGCCCGCAGAACUGCGACGCGACGCUCAACCACUGCGAAAAGGAGACCAGGAAACGUCUUCAGAGGGAGCAGUCGGUAGACGAAAGCAGGUUGAGCGAGAGGAAUAAGGGAGGCAAGAAUGAAGAAGAAAAGGGAAAGGAAGCUCCUUCCAAAGACGUGGCCCAGAAACGAGAUACAAAAGUGGGGAAAGACUCUAAAAAGGAAGAAAGUGUUCAGAAAACAGACCCAAAAACUAAAGCUGAGGCUGGGAGCAAGCCCAAAGAGGAGAAGGCUAUCAACGACAGACUCAAGGCCAUGGAGAAAAAGCUGAUGGGGAAGGACAAAAAGGAGGAAGAUAAGGGUUCAGUGUUGAAGAAGGACACGAGGAAGGAUAAAAAAGAGGAAGAAAAGGGCCCAGCAUUAAAGAAGGACGCAGGGAAGGAUAAAAAGGAGGAAGAAAAGGGCUCAGCGUUAAAGAAGGACGCAGGGAAGGAUAAAAAGGAGGAAGAAAAGGGCUCAGCAUUAAAGAAGGAUGCAGGGAAGGAUAAAAAGGAAGAAGAGAAGGACUCGGCAGCAAAGAAGGAGACAGGGAAGGACAAAAAGGACGAAAAGGGCUCUGCAUUGAAGAAAGGCGAAGGGAAGGACAAAAAGGAGGAAGAGAAGAGUUCGGGAUCAAAGAAAGAUGCAGAAAAAGAUACAAAGGGAGAAGAUAAGAAAGCAAAAGAUAAGAAAGAAGAGGAAAAGAGUUCAGCUUUGAAAAAAACAAAGGCAGACGAGAAGGACAAAUCCCAGCCAGAGGCAGAGAAGGCGGCGGAGGAGAAGCAGGAGGAGAAGCAGGAGGAGAAGCAGGAGGCGAAGCAGGAGGAGAAGCAGGAGGCGAAGGCGGCAGCCGAGAGCAGCCCCACCAAGCCCACGACCGGCAGCUCCCCGGAUCAGGCCAAGGAUGACGAAGCCUCCAGCAUUUUCGACGAGCUCAUCGAGAAGGUGAAGAACAACGACGCCGAGGUCACCGAGGUGAACGUGAACAACUCAGACUGCAUCAACAACGAGACCCUGGUGCGCUUCACCGAGGCCCUGGAGUUCAACACCGUGGUCAAGCUCUUCGCCUUGGCCAACACUCGUGCCGAUGACCACGUGGCCUUCGCCAUCGCCAUCAUGCUGAAGUCCAACAAGGUGCUGACGAGCAUCAACCUGGACUCCAACCACAUCACGGGCAAGGGCAUCCUGGCCAUUUUCCGGGCGCUGCUGCAGAACAACACGCUGACGGAGCUGCGUUUCCACAACCAGCGGCACAUCUGUGGGGGGAAGACAGAGAUGGAGAUCGCCAAGCUCCUGAAGGAAAACACCACGCUCCUCAAGCUGGGCUACCACUUCGAGCUGGCCGGGCCGCGCAUGACCGUCACCAACCUGCUGAGCCGGAACAUGGACAGACAGAGGCAGAAACGCCUCCAGGAGCAGAAACUGGCACAGGAGCGUGGGGAGAAGAAAGACCUGCUGGAGGUGCCCAAGCCCGGAGCCCUGCAGAAGGGAUCCCCCAAGCCAUCCCCACAGCCGUCACCCAAGGCUUCCCCCAAAACCUCUCCCAAGAAAGGGGGGGGACCCGCUGCGCCGCCCCCGCCUCCUCCUCCGCUCGCCCCACCACUGAUCAACGAGAACCUGAGGAACUCGCUCUCGCCGGCCACGCAGAGGAAGUUGGGAGACCGGGCGCUGCCCGUGCAGGAGAAGAGCUCGCGGGACCAGCUCCUGGCGGCCAUCCGCUCCAGCAACCUCAAACAGCUCAAGAAGGUGCAGGUACCGAAGCUGCUGCAGUAGGGAGCGGGACGGCUCUCGCCCGGCGCGGCAGAGCCCAGGACACUCGUCCUGCUUGUGACUGUUUCCGUGACAGCCCUUUGGGACCUGCAGUGACCGACACCGAGGAGCAGCGAUCUCUCUGGGACAGACGGCGGAAGGGCCGGCCCCGAGCAGGACCAGCACGGCCGCUGGACGCAGUGUGGGAGGAAGACGUAUUUAUUAUUUUCUCGGUUGUGAAGCCUUCAAGCUCUUUCUUUUGCCAGCACCGUGUGCGCUCUGGAGACGCGGAGGACACAGGAGAGGGGUCUGCAGAGCUGGUCCUUACGGGACGCCCCUCGGAGCGUGUAGAAGGGGCUCAGCACCCCCCACCCGGGGGACCCACUCUGGGGCGAGCGGAGGUACCCGGAGGGGCAGGGGACAGCCCGGCCGUCGUCACAGCUUGCGUCCCCACAGGGUCUCCAGGUGGCCAGGGAGUGAUGGGGUGCGGGCACAGCGGUGGGGUGCAGGCUGGACGUUGGGAGGAAUUGGGGGGGUCGGAGAAGGGGAAAGCCCCUGGAACAGGGGCUUGGGGCAUCACCUGCACGCCCACAGCCAGCCCUGCUCAGGGACCACCGGGUCCCCAGGGCGCUUUGUGCCACAGCCCAGCCCGUCCAGGGCCGUUUUUGAAGCUUUUCAGCCCAAUUUGGGUGUGAGGUUUUUUCCCCUCUUCAUGACCCUCCACCUUGUUGACGAGACACCAGACCAGACCGCUCCACCAUUGCGGACACCAAAGUGUCCCUGGGGAGCACGGGGCUCACCCGGAGGUUGGACCCCUGGUGGGACAGGAGCAAGGGGGACCCCUGCCCACAGCCCCACUGGGGGCACAGGGACGCUGCCUGUCCCCCAAGCAGGUUUGGGGGCGCCCACCCCGCGCACCCUCCCGGCGUGAAGCCUCGUUCGCGGUUUGUACGAGUGCGGCCACUGCAGCAGCAAUAAAGCUUCACCCGACGCUU